AUGCAAUCCAUAAGCCUGAUGAUUCCUACCUUUAACCACAAGCCAUGGAUAGAUAAAGGCGUCACCCAUGUACUACAUCUGUACGAUGGGGAGCACCUCAAACCCUUCCCUAGCUUACAGGAACAAUUUGACCUACCCGCGAAAUUCCUAUUCCCCUACCUGCAAGUCAAGUCCCUACUAAAACAUAAUCCAACCAGAAAUCCUGAGAAGGUACCACAAGAACUAACAUCUAAGUUCGAAAACAUGUGCCUUUCUAACAAGCCUAACGCCAAGUCCCUCUCCUCAUGCUACCACUUGAUCUUACACAACCAACCACUGACUCAGGAAAACUACCGAAAG